AGCAAAUUUUGUUUGACAUUUCAUGCAAAAUGUGCUACUAUAAGUCUGGGAGGUAUUAUCUUAACAGAAUGGCUCAUUUUCACACCCCUCCGAGUCGCCCCUGCUGUGCUGGUUCAUAAAUCCAAUCCUGUUCAGCACAAUCCUGCGGCAUCAGAGGGAAUCUUGUUUGACCAGGAAUAUUACCGCAAUCCCAGCCAAAUAUUUAUAUGAAUUCAUUAUCUCUUUCUCUUUGAAGCACAUGCAAAAUCUGGAUGCUGAUUUCUCUCUUCUCUCUGCUGGAGUCAUCAUGCCAACACUUCCUCGAGCAGGUCAUUACCUCCAGCGUGCACAAGGGGUUGCUGUUACCACACGGUUCGGCUCAGAGCGUGUGAGGCAGCGCCAUCAGAAACGCUGUUUUCCACCCUGCUGUGUCCACGGCGAAGGGUGUCUGUUCAAAGACGGUGUAAAAAAAACGACAACAGAAUUACAGGUUUUCUCGUCUGAAACACAUUUCCUCUUCCUCCUCCUCCUCCUCCUCCUCCUCCCUCUGCUGUCUGCCGCCUGCACACUUCAUAGGGACUGUUAAUUUGAAUACCAAUAAUCCUGUUGUUGCCACCUUCUUCAGCAGCAUCUCCAGACACCAUGAGGUGUUAACUGUUUAUCUACAUAAACUCUCCCAGCAGCCGGAGAGUGUGGAUGGAUGCUGUGUCACAACAUCUCACUCGAGCUGUUAGCAUCAUCAUCAUCAUCAUCAUCAUCAUCAUCAAGCUGCUGAUCAGGACCCAGAAUCACUCAUUAUACAACUUUCUGCUAACGCUGAUUAAUCUUAAAUGAGUGAGCGUCUACUAUUUUCACUCUUCAUGUCAACAUGAUAAUCACGCUGUUAGCAGCAGUAGGGGAGACCGGGUGCAACUGUGACAGAUGGCGAUCGUAAAACACUCGAUAAACAAGACAGGAAACAAGUUGGAGUUAUGACACCAGCUCUGUCAGGGCUCGACUGUGCGACCGUUUCACUCGCAUUUGCGACUAAAAAUAGAUGUGUGCGAAUUGUAAAAUAUAUUUAGGGGAACACGUGCGCAUAAAAAAAUUAGCAAGGCAACAAAUGUUUUUUUUUUCAUGUAAAUACGGCAGUGAAGUUUGUUUUAGGUCGAUAUCUGACGGACAUUCGCUGCGGCUCUAAUGCGUGGUUAAAUCUACUCGGCGCCCUCGCUGUCAACAUCGGGUAUUGAUUAAGGGACCGUCAAUAAAUUACCGGUUGAUGUUCUCAGAAAAUGCUGUUUCCUUUAAUAGCUUCCAUGUCAUGUGACCAACUGACUUAAAAUUGAUUUUAAAUAAUAGUACUAAGGUCGGACAAUAAGACAAACAUUAUUUGAUCAAUUUUUAUUGUGCCCCUAAAGUUCUUUGUGUGCUUCUCACUUAUUUAACUUAGGAGCACAAGUUAGUGUCAAGCCCUGUCUGCACAAAAAGUGAUUUUUGAGGUAUAAAGAAGUUGUUUUUGUUGAGCUGGAUUUUUCUUUCUGUUGUUCAAAGUUUAGAAAACGGAUCAAUUUUAUCUCCGAGGUUUUAGGUUAGGAGUAGGUGUGAGUGAAGAAACAAACCUGCUUUAACAUUGUUUACUCAUCUGGAGGAGAUUUGUUAUCAGAAGAUCGAACCCAAGCAUGUAGAGGACAAGAUAACCAUGCAGGGGGCGCCAAAAUGAGUUGUGUUGUGUAAAACAAAAAGUUAAAUUUAACUUAGAGUCCAUACAAUACUCAUUAAUUAGUGCACAUAUUGUAUAUUCUUUUUUUUUUCUUAAAUAUGAUGAGUGUACUUUAAGUAUUUCCAGAAUCAGAAAUACUAUAAUGGUCCCCAGGGGAAAUGGCUUACAGUAACUCUAGUGCAAAUACAGUAGAAAGAGGAGAUAAAUAAUAGAUAAAAUAAGUAAAAGAUAAAGAGAUAAAGAAAUAAGUAGAUAAAAUAAAUAAAGAUAAGUAAAAAUGAAGAGAUAAUAUACAAGUAUGUACAUUAUAUACAACACAAAAUAGUAAAAUAGUAUGUAUAAGGAAAGUGUGCUAAAUGUUACGUUCGCCCCGGUCUCCCCUAUUGUUAGCCUGCUGGUCUAUGUUUACUUUUGGGGUCACGUGACUCUCAUGUUACAUAAAUCUUUGGAUCAGAAACAAACUGUUGAAAUCUGAGACUAUAAAUAAACUAGCCUUCAUGAACUCGGAGUGAAUGGGGUUAACUAAAUGCUAAAUAAUGUUGUUGUUAUUAGACUCUGCAGACUAACAGAUGAAUUUGUGAAGUAACCAAGCGUGUAUGUAGGCCUGUAAAUAUUUAACAUUUAACUACCAACAGACUACAGACACUAUUCUGGAAAACAGACAGUAGAUUUCGCAGAGUUGAAUAAUUGUCAGCUAAUUUACAAGUGGUGAAUACGCUCGGCCAUAUUUUGGGUUUAUGGAUGCUGGAAGACGCCUACGCCUUACAGAGGGGGAAAGAAAGGAGAGAGAGAGAGAGGGAGAGAGAGAGAGAGGGGGAGAGAGGGAGAGAGAGAGAGACUGCAUGGAGAGGGGGGAUUGUGCAUCAGUCUAUUGGCGCUCAAAUGGGUUAUUGCGCACACAGCAGGCUGAACUACAGCCGCGUCUCCAACUAGUGCGCAGCGGCAUCAGCAGGAGGAGCAUCAGCGGGCGUCUGUCUCUGCUCUCCCGGAGCGUCAGGCGGACAUCAGGGGCUCCGGACCGGGGCUGCGGAGAAAAAAAAAAACUUGCUUUUUAUUUUCCUCCCUCCUCUAAUUGAAGAGAGAAGUGAUGCUCAGGAUGCGGAUCGACUCGGCGGCUGCAUGAACUGCGAUUUCCCCAUCAGAGCAGUUUCAUGUGCUCCUCACCCGUUUAUUUCCGAGGAUUACUCCUUCCCCCUCUGACGAUGGGUAAGUCUGAAUGUUCUUCAACAUUUAGUGGCAUAGUUCCUCCCUCUGGCUGCUCAGGUCGCUUUUUAUUGAAGGAUUUAUUAGUUCUUGAAUUGAAUUUCUUAAAACUAAAGAGAGAAAAAGCCUUUUUUUUCUUUUUAAUGCAUGAAUUUAAACUUCCUCUCUCUCUCUCUCUCUGAUGGUGAUUUUCCCUCAAAUGUAAACCCUUAGAGUCCCCCUCAUCAUCAGACCAGUUCUUCAUAAAUCUGUGCCUCAGACAGCAGACCUCCAGCUGCUCCUCACAAACAUCAUCUCCUGUUUGAAGGAUGAAUUUCCACCAUUAUCCGUCUCUUUAGCGCACAUUUUCUAAAAAAAAGCGAGUCCUCCUUUUUUGAUUUCCUCUUCCCCACUUUACCCCCAACAGGUUCUGUGAUGCUGGACCGGAGGUUAUCAUGUCUUCUUCUGCAGGCGGCCGCUUUGCUGCUGCUCAGCAAGGGGGAGAGAAUGUGCCCCACGAGUUGCCGCUGCGAAGGAAAAAUUGUUUAUUGCGAAUCGGGCAUCUUUCAGGACAUCCCGGUGAACAUCACCACAGGAUGCCAGGGUCUGUCUCUGCGCUAUAACAACCUGCUGGUUCUGCUGCCCUACCAGUUCGCUCAUCUGAAUCAGCUGAUCUGGUUGUACUUGGACCACAACUCCAUCCAUACCAUCGAUGCUUUGGCCUUCCAGGGCGUACGCAGGCUCAAGGAACUGAUCCUCAGCUCCAACAAGAUCUCCCAUCUGCACAACAACACGUUCAGCGCCAUACCGAACCUGCGUAAUCUGGAUUUAUCCUACAAUCAGCUCCAGUCUCUGCAGCCAGGACAUUUUUAUGGUCUGCGCAAGCUGCAAAACCUCCACCUCAGAUCUAAUGGCCUGAAACAGAUCUUCCUGCGUACAUUUCUGGAGUGCCGCAGCCUGGAGUUUCUGGAUUUGGGUUAUAACCGCCUGCGGAGCCUGACCCGCACAACCUUCUUAGGCCUGUUCAAGCUGAAGGAGCUUCAUUUAGAGCACAAUCAAUUCUCCAGGAUUAAUUUCUACAUUUUCCCGCGCCUUACCAACCUGCAGGCUCUUUAUUUACAGUGGAACCGCAUACGAUCGAUCAACCAAGGUGUGCCUUGGACCUGGAGCAAACUGCAGAAGCUGGACCUGUCUGGGAAUGAGAUCCAGAUGUUGGAUCCUGCAGUUUUCCAGUGCAUGCCCAACUUACAAACGCUCAAUCUGGAAUCGAACAAGCUCAGCAGUGUGCCUCUGGAGGCCGUGGCGGCGUGGACCUCGCUGACCACCAUCAGCCUGGCAGGGAACUCCUGGGACUGCAGCCCGAGCAUCUGCCCGCUCAUGGGAUGGCUGAAAAACUUCAAAGACCCCAAAGACAUCAGUAUGAUCUGCAGCAGCCCCAAGUCUGUGCAGGGGGAGCGGGUGGUGGAUGUCGUGAGGAAUCACUCCACCUGUGCGGAAAUGUCAAACGUUCUUUCGACCACAGCUUUCCUCGUCCUGACUUCCACUCAGGCGAUGAACAUCACAACCGACGUCUCCCCCUCCGAUUAUGCAGACCUGGAUUUUUUUACCGACACACCUUAUGAGGGAUUAACCCCUUCAUCGGUCCACCCAAGCUGGACGGAGAGAAAGACCACAGAGUCCACGACUACCAGCCCCACGUCCCCCGCCUCCCCUGAACUCCCCACCUCGUUUAUCCCAGAGCUACAGUUCGAACAUAUGGCUUUCCAUAAAAUUAUUGCAGGCAGCGUAGCGCUGUUCCUGUCAGUAUCAUUGAUCCUCCUGGUUAUUUAUGUGUCGUGGAGGCGCUACCCCAACACCAUGAGGCAGCUGCAGCAGCACUCCGUCAACCACAAGCGCAGGAAAAAGGCUCGUAAGCAGGAGCAGGACCUUAACUCUCAGCUGCAAGAAUACUACCUGAGCUACCACUCAAACUCAGAGGCCAUGGAUUCUCUGGUGAACGAGACGGCGAGGCCGUGCACGUGCACCAUAUCAGGAUCCAUAGAGUGUGAAGUCUGAGCUGCUGCACAUUCCAGCUAAAGAGACUAAAGCUGCCGUUACUGAGCAGGGGUAGAGGGUUUUUUUCCACAAGAUUAAGUGGUUUUUAUCUCUAAUGUGAGAUGAUAGAUUCUGCAGCUCGGAGGGAAAUACUUGGAGGCAUAGUACAAUAUAAUUAUGUGCACAGAGAAGAAGACUGGAGCUGGAGAUAUAUUUGGAGCUAAUUAUCACCCUGACUGACACGGGAACAGCGGCGGGGUCAGCCAGGUUAGCUGUGUCUGAACUAAUGUUACCACCGGACCUCUGCAGCGGGAGAAGUCAGCUCUGCAGAGAGACUGACCUCAUUUUCAGUCGGACUACAUCUUCAUUUAACAAACGAACUGACCGAGACACUUUGUACCUGCUAGUUUUGAUUUUUACUGUGUAGCUUGUAAAGCAAUUAGGACGUGUGUGUGUGUGUGAGUGUGAGUGUGUGUGUGUGUGUGUGUGUGUGUGUGUGUGUGUGCUGUCUGGAGGAGGCGAUAAUCUCCCGGGUUAUUGAUUUGUGGUCUGAAGAUUUACAGUGAUGCACCUUGUUCUCACUGAAUUCUCCAAUUCAACUGAUGUGCUUUUAGCAAACCUGUGCAGCUAUCAAAAGAAGAAGCACUACCUUCAAAAAGAGAGAGAGAGAGAGGAGAGAGAGGAGGGGAUACUCCAUCUGAGAUCUCUUGCAUGGUUUAAUUCACCCGACUUUAGAUUCCUUUCAUUCAGCGAUUCGGUCUAAUUGAGCUUAAAGUUGUAUUUUGAUUCGAUGUGGUACCAAACCCUAAAAACAAAACCUAAGAGUUUCAUCUCAGGCUGUCGAUUUAUGAGCUGUACAAAAAAAAAAAUAUACUAUGGGUUCCAGCGAAGGCUCAGCCUGUUUUCAUUCCCAUUACAUCAAAUACUCCUCUUUGUCACAGCCCUUGGCAUCAGACGAACCCACGUAAACCCAUUUAUGUCACUUUGGGAGAAAUUUGGAGUAACUGCUGUCAUUGAAGCGGUAGAAAGACGGCCGAGGGUGGCUGAAGGUGAUGAUGGAUGGUCCAAACAACAAUGAACUGUAGCCCUGAAGGCCGGAGUUUCAUUGUGGAACCAAAUGUUACGUAAAGUUCAGUGUAGCUUCGACUGCCUUAACCGCAGAGCGUCUAAGACAUGGAUGUAGUUCAGAGAUCUCAUUCAGUGUUGACGUUUUAAAGCUCAAAGAUGGCUGCCGCUACACUGGAAAUGCUGAUUCAACAGUUUUUUAGCGGAGGCUGAAACACACAAAGAAGAGCGGCUCAGGCCACAGACGUACGAUCAAUUUGUAGCCGGACUGAAAGUAGACUUAAAAAAAUGUAAACAAAUUAGUCGAAACAUACCUGGAUGAGGCGGUUGUGGUUUUAUGUAAAUGGCGAAAUCAAACUGAAGCUCACCUAAGCGUUCUGCACAUGCUCAGGUUUGCGUGAAUUUGUCGCUAGCAAGCAACAAAUUCUUGACAGGAAGAACAUAAAGACUUCGAUACUUCCUACAGAGCUGUAAAAGUGAUGUUUCCAUUGUUUGAUGUACAUCCUGUUAGCCUCUUGCUAAUGCAUUUUACCAAAUGUUACAAUACAUAAAACAUCAACUAGCAAAGGAGCUAAAAGAGGGUAUAUCGCCACCUACUGUAGCGGAGGUGGACAUGCUUAUGUCAAUCAUGCAUUAAAAAUUUAUGGGGGGCUCACACCAAGUGCGAGUUAAACCAACUACUCGCUUAAUUUGCAAGAAUCUAGAUGCAUAAGUGAGUAGUAUCUACUUACUUUAUUCACGCAUCAACGGUAAUUUCAACGGUAAUCCCUGCUGAUUUAACCGGUGGGAUUAAGUGAUAGACAAAGGUUUUUUACGACCUACCAGGUAAUCUGACCUCCUCACUCCUUUUUAUUCCGGUUUCAGUAAUUGAAAGAAAAGGUAUCAUAAAAUUCAGAGCACCCACACACCAACACGACCAGUUUGUCCUCCAUUUUCGACUCCAGUAAACAACCAUCCAUUUUCAUACGUCACCCGACAACCUUCAUGCUGAUUAGUUAUCAUGACAGGGAUAUCCGCUCAAGUUGAGACAAUGACGUGUCAUUCGUGUCGCCAGAGAAGUAGGAGCAUCUAAUCGCGUCUUUGCAUUGACUUAACAUGUCAUUCAUUUGCGUGAAUGAUUUUACUCGCGCUUGGUGCGUGGAGACAGUUAGACGAGGAGUAUUUACGUGAAAUCGCCAAAUCAAGUUUUGUCUGCAGCUCAAUGUUACUGUGUAAAUGUUCUGAAUGUACACCAAACAAAAAUGUCGUUAGCACCACGCUGUUCGGGCUCCAUGUUAAGUUUUGCUCUAAAAAUGAGUAUUUUAACAUCAGCUCUAAAGGGUUUCCUUUGCUUUUUGAGCCAGCCCCAAGUGGAUACUUGAGGAACUGCAGCUUUUUGCACUUUUACGUUCAGUGUAAUUACAUGCUGAAUUGAGUUGAAGUAUGAUUAUAACAUGAUAAGAGGAUUUAACCGCAGAUCACUGCUCUAGUUUACCAAAACAAUCAACAAACAGGUUAGCGAGAGUCCGAUGAGUUGUAAGGUGAACGAUGAAAACAUGGACAGGUUUACAGAUCUGUACUUUAGUAUGUUUAGUUUUGUUUGAGUCCUUUCCUCUUCUUGCUGCCUGUGACGCAUUUAAGCUGUUCAACUUAUGAGUCAAACCUGAGGUGCAAAUACAGAGCAUGUGCAGAAGGCUGAGGUUAGCAACAAGAAAAUCGGCCACAUUAUCUGGAUAUUAAAGUCUGAUUAUGAGGUUUUUCUUUUAGUUCGAUUUUAGUCAAACCAACAUUUUCACAUGUAUUAUAAAAAAAUCGGAGUAAUUCAGACUGGAUCCAGUUUUAGAUCUGACCGGCUUCAUUUUAAACGCUGCAGACCUGCCACUUUGACAUUAACGUUGGACACACAGACUGACGAAUCUAGAGCUAUAAGAGGUGCGUUAUACAGCAUUUAGAGCUCCCCCUGGUGACUGGCUGCAGUAUGGGUUGUAAUGUCCAACUCCUCCUUUAUACCAGAUGGAACAGGAGACAAACUUUGACAUUAAAAAACAUGUUAAAAACGUUUUUCUUCGACUUCUUUUCAUGCUGGUUUAUGUGCAUUUAUACUUUAACUGCAGCUCUGUUUACUCACGCAGUCUCCUGUAGUGUUUGUUACUGAAUCAAUUGGCUCGGGUUAGGGUUAGGGUUAGGGUUCGGAUUAGAGCAUGACUUCUAACCUGACGGAUCUUUAGAAUUUCACUGUAAAGUUAAACGUAUGUUAGACCGCUUCGGCACAAAUCGACUGCAGCGGGGUUAUUUAUCAGCGCCCAUCAAUGCGAUGUCCUGACUCUAAAUCUCACUCAGCUGAUAUAAAUGAGGGCGAGAUGUCCACCCCACGUACAGUCAAUAGUUUGACAUGAACCACGUCUUGGACGGAGAGCAGCAGCCUCAGUGUGACACCCAAAGGAUGUGACAAAGCCUCAGUAUGUGAUGACAUGGAGACGAGGACGUGAUGAUGGCAGACAUGAGAUGUUGUUAAUUUUCAUAUUGGAUUUUGUAUUUAUGAUUCCUUUCAUUAUGAUUAAGCAUUGUUUGUGUACAGACAUGACAAUACUGGUACUUGACAUUCUGUGUGACAAUGACUGUAUAAUUAAAAGAAACACUGUUGACUGAUAAAUGAUUGUGUGUGAAGAGAAUAUCGACAGCAGGUGCAUCCCCCUCCACAGUCACGCACCGAGGGAUUGAUGCUCUGCAUUUCUGUGGAGACGAGCUGACAUAUUCUCCAUCAUGUUUCUUGUUUUCUGCCUCCCUUCUUUUCAAUCCUCUCCUGGCACUGAAGUAUCGACAAAAGUAUUGAUUCUAUCUGGGUUACACACCUCACACUCAGGGUAAAGGAGCCCCAAUUCAGUCUUCGCUCCAUAACUGAGCCGCUGCUGAGAUGAGCUUCUUUAUACUUUCAGUUUUUUCUGGUAAACAGGUUUGCUUUCAGCGCGAGCAGGCGAUGCUUUUUCUUCGCUUGUCCAGGAGACAAAAACACAUUCCAGUCCCUGAAACCAAAAACAGAUUAAGAAUCCUGCUUUUAUGUAACUCUGUGGUCUCUGUCAGUUUGGGAAUAACGCUGCGGCGCUGUGAGAAAGGAAAGGGAGAAUGGAGGCAGACGAGAACAGGACAGCGUGUUACGGGUCAAAGCUGUUAUGCUAUUAGGAAGAUAUCACCCACAUGGUCUCUGCCUUCUUACAGCCCUCUCCUUCCCUUCCUCGCCGCCUUGUUUUUCUUUUUUCCCGAUUUGCUCGCUGUGAAGAGAGAAAAUUAACCUGCGCCAGGGGACAUAUAUGCAUGUGUUAAACCAGGCAGGAUUAGUCAGAGCUGGAACUAACGUGCAGGAGCGACCAAAAAAGGAGCACUUCCUGCUGUGAGAGUUGAUUUUAAAGCACUUAUUUACAGCCUCUUUCCCUCGCAGCUGUCACUUCUUCACUUGGAUUGAUUCCCCCUCUUUUGUUAUCAGGUCAUAUUUUCACACGUCACACGCUCAGCCUGUUUGAAAAGUUUCACGCCGGUCAAAGGUUGUUCUGAUAAGGAUUUAUAUUCUCCUAUAAUUCACUUUCCAAACAUGACUCAGGCUUUCUUUAGCCUCCAGGCAGGAAUGGAGGCAGGCUGCCAACAGAAUUUAUAUCCAUAUAUUUAGUUUCCAGCUCCUGCAUAUAUGAUGAAUUUCUUUUGAGGGCCAAUGGGAAAAUCUGCUAGGCCAUACAAAAAUUAAAUCUAACCAGAACAAAUGAUUUGUUGAUCUAGUUUUGUCGGUAUAUUGUAAUUAGUGUUUGAUUUGUCAUGUCGUGACUGAUGAAAAGCCGGUGUUUUGGAAAUCUUGCGGUGUGUGUGGCUAAGAGAAGGAUGCUGAUUACAGAGCUGCUCCUGCAGAUCAUUAAAGCGAGCGUAUUUGUUUGUAUGAGAAAUGUGGGAGUGCACAGUAUUGACUCAGUAUAACAAUGCACAAAUAAAACCGCACUCUACCUGCAGAAUGAGAGAAAGGAAAAAAAACAUGUUUCUAAAGGUUCCUCCAACCACACGGUGCUCGGAGCAGACGAGCAAGACCAAAAACAGAAAGCAGGCCUGAAAACACGGAGGAACGCAGAGGGAUUUCUCUGUGAGGGGUGAGCUGCUUAGUCCUCUCUGGCAGGCAUGAAAUUUUGAUUUACAUCUCUCACAGGGGAUCUUUUCUAACGUAAGACGUGUGCAAUGUUUUGAUAUCUUUGCCAGAGGUUACUCUUGGGAUUCGGGAGCCAGGAACAAUAAAGUAAAUGGAUUUUAUCGACAAUUUAUCUCAAAUAAACAUUUAAUCUUCAUCUGGUGGCUUGGAUUCAGUUGCGGGGGAGAUAAUGUGAUGAAACAGAUCCAGACUCUCCUGAUUGUGUGUGUGUGUGUCUCUUACUGGGAGUUACAGGAGAAGAUUGAGAGCCUGUUCUUUGGUCUGUCCUCUCUCGUCGGAGCUGCAGACAGGAGCUGUUAGCCCACAUUAGCGUGAGGACUCGUAACUGGAUGAAAUCGAGGAUAGUUCGCUGUAGUGUAAAAACCAGGUGGAUUAUGUCCUGGACUGUUUUGCUACUGGACUGAUAACUUCCCUGAAGUCUUUGCUGGUUGCCUGGCAACCGCAGAGUGACCAAAACACUGCAGGACUUUUCAGCUCAGGUUUUUCUGUCCUGAUUAAAUCCUUGAUUAAAACUUUGUAAUUAGUGAGCUUUGAAGGCGCUCAUGGGUGGAUUCAGUUCAUUGAGGACGCCACAGGAGCUGCUGUACCAGCCGCCAUAUUACAGGACGCUUUUGGGUGUUUUUAUAAGAGUCUCAGGAGUUAGAGUCUCAUCAGGACACCUUUACAACAUCAGCUGGUUUACAGUUUAACAGAGAAACCAGCUGAUCAGAGAGGAGGUUAAAGUCCCAUCAUAUUUUUUUACUACUUAAAGUGUCUCAGUGGUCUUUAAAUUGUGAUUAUGAAGUUUUCAGCCAAAAUCAUGUUACCUGUGUCAUUUUCAAGGACUUUUCUUCUGCAGAGCUCCAGUAACUCAUUACCUUUUCGCCUCUGGGUCGUGGGCGGAGACAGCGCUGCUCUGCACACUCAAGCUAGCUUGCAGCCUAACAUUGUCGGUGUAGUAGAAGUGACUAAUGUCUUUAGGGACAUAAUGAAAGUUAAUAUCUUAAUUAGCUUUCUCAUGAGCAUUGCAAUCCAUGAUAGUCCUCUCUACUUCUCUGAGUCUGACCUGCAUAGCGGGGCUCAGGGGGCGGAGCUUGGAUUUGUGAUGUAGGAAAUCUCACUGUGUCUGAACCUGCCAGAGAUUCCUAUUGAUGAUGUCAUGCUAUAUGAUUGGCUGGAAGUUGGUUUGGAUGAUGUAGAAGAUUGUGAUUGGUCUGGACAUUACGAUAAGGUUUCAUGGGAUUGUAGUUCUUCUGCGAAAACAUGGACGAAUUAUAUGAAGAAAUCUAUCGAAGGAGACUUACGACAGCCGGACUACCACCUCUUUUAUGCAGAUAAAAUCAAAACUAUCUAUCAUAUCCUGUGAACUUUUUUCUUCCUUGAGAAAAGUGAACAUUUACAAUUGAAGCCUCAAAAGAAAAGCUUUGAGGUCAACUGAAUGAACAGAAGGAAACCACAAGGGUCUUUUAACCGAGCUCAUCUGGUACCUUCACCGACCCCAGUUUAAAUAUGAGACGACCCUGAUAAUGGGACCACCAAACCUUUUUGUUUUAAAGACGGACUCGCUCUGAAAUCUUGUUUAUCUGAAGUAAAAACAACCUUAAAUGACAAUAAUGAUAAAUCAUUUGAAAUUAACUCGUUUAAUUCAAAUAGAACCAAAUGUGAUCAUGUUCGCUGGACUGUGUUAAAUGCUGCUAAGUGGUGGAUUAAGACGGAUCAGAGUGAGUCUGAUCCUACAGUUCUGGACUGAAUCUUCUCCCAUAUUGAUGUUGGUCUUUGUAAAUAUAAUGAGGACUGUGGUCUACUCCAGCUCUUUUUAUAAAACCUCUUGAAAUGACAUUUAUUGUAAAUUGGAGCUACACAAAUUGACGCAUGUAAAUAAAGCACUUCCAAUAAAGAUGUUUGAUUUUAACUCUUAAGUUUCUACUAUUAAUUUGAUCUAUUAAUCUGAAACCUACCCCCAAAGUUAGAAAACUUUAAAUUAGUUAUCAGUCUUGUUUACUCUUGUAGGUGGUAAAAAAACAUCUAAACUGGUUUCAGUCUGUUUCGUAACCAGCUAAAAACUCCUCACUGGGGCUUUAAGAAAGUCGUCGUAUCACUGCCUCAGUUGUUGUCCAACUUUUCUUACUGUACUGCAUAUUUGCUCGCCGUGUCUCUCUCCCGCCCCUCGAUGUCAGACAUGCACAGUUAAGUUGAACUACGGUUAUUGCUCGAGUUUGCAGUAAAACUGUUCGACUGUCCUUGUCCCGGUUUACAAGCACCGGGCAGGAAUCGAACUAUCGACCGAAACGUGUCGGCCUCUGCAAAGGUAGGUGGCGACAUGCCCACUUUGAGUCAUGGACCUUUGACACCCAGCGCCAAAACUGUUAGGAAAUGUACGUGAGAAGAUGAAAACGUCUCUUUUCCAGACUGGUCAUGAGGAGGUUGAUUUAAGGAGGCUUCAGUCAUGUUUGAGUGUGCAAAGAAAGAUGAAACAUGAGCUCGUUUUGUUGGAAGUUGCACUCCAAAUUUCAUUUUCUCUUCCCAUCGACCAUCCUCUCUUCAUGGAUGAUCGAGCCUGAAGGAUCCAGAGACGGAAAAAGGAGCUUAUUCCUUCCUUGUCUUAACAAGAAGCAGCAUCACAUCUGCUCUUAUGCGGUUUUAAGCAGCACAUGUUGUCCCCAUGAGCUUGCUUGUUAAAAGAAGUUUCAGGUAAUUACAUUUAAAAGAUUAACCUGUCUUGGAAAUCGAGUCAGCCAAGUAUGAAAGCGUUCAAAGACGGUGUUUUCAGUUCGGGAGGGCUGGAGAAGUUGUCCCGCUCUGAAGCAGGAUUUCUCUGUUACUCCACCUUUUAUGCGCCGGACGCCACCUGUGAAAUUCAUUUGAAUAUUAAUGCUCUACAGCUUUUGUCACACGUCCCAGGAGGAGGGAGAGUCCGGGCGGCUUUGUUCGCGUCAAAGUGCGGUGGUCAAAAAGACCUCUCAGCGUGAAUAACAUCCUUGUUCUAUCGAGACGACACAAAGCGUUUGGAAAUAGUUUUGAAGAAAUGAUUCUGUACUGUAACUUAUUCAUUUAUUCUCAUUCAUAUUCAUCUUUCCAAUUCAUUACUCACCCGAGACUCCGACAUCUACGGGACGCUUUAAUGAAAGCAAGAAUUUAAAUUUGUCUGGAUGUCUUUUUGCUCCAGGGGGAGGCAGGAACCUCCAUCAGUCAACAAAUAUAUUCAUUGUGUGGUCUGUCUAGUCAGAGUGUAUCUUUCACUCAGCCGUGAUUUCUGCGUCUGCUACGAUUCUGCUGGUCAGGAGGUUUCUCACAAUAAAACAUCUUUUCUAUAAGCGUGAAAUCCUCGCAGAAAUGUUGUAUAAUACGAGACCCAGGCCUGGAAAGGUUGCCCCUGACAUCUCCUCUAAUUUAUCACAUUUUAUGAUUUACUUUCUCGUCCAUUAACACUGAUCCCAGAGCGGCUUCGGUUUACUCAACAUCAAGAAAUCAUUUGCAGCUUAAACCCGGUUAACAGCCUGACCUUUAACGCUGCGUUUUUACACCCUUCUGACGAGAUGUCUGCAUCAUUCAGAGCUCGCUGUAAUAUUUAUGGAUGUUGUAGCCACAGAUUUGAAGUUAGAUGAAGUUGUCUGGGAUCUAACGCACGCGGUGCAUGCUCACAGUAUGAUGAUGAUGAUGUAACAGUAAUAUGGAGCUUUCUUUAGAGAGGGGGGCUCAUUGUUACUUUGAUUUAUUUCCCCCGCUUCUUCUUCUCCGGCUCUGCGCCCCACACCGGGGAAAUCAAGUAAAAACCAACAACAAUUAAACCUAUAAGAUUUAUAAGCAGGGCGGCCCGUCAUAUUGUUGCUUCCUGGGUAAUAAAGCGUCAGCGCGGUCGCUAUGAUAAAGACGACCAGCCUGUGUCCACAAGAGGAUCCGCUUUUCAGGCAGAAAGAGGAAAGUUAUCCACUUCUCUGUUUGGUCGCCUCAGACAGAAGUACACACACACACACACACACACAGACUUCUCCUCUUUUUCCAAAUACACUCUUUUUGAUUUGACAGCUGCCUGCGUGACAGACAGACAGGUUGAGUUGACGAAUCUGGAACAAAGAAAUAAUGAAUAAAACAUGCGAGAAAAGGUACAUUUCAUCCAGGUUCUCUGCAGCUCUGAUGUUUGUAUUUAGUGGAGCUGAUAGAAAAUGCAAAAUAACUCAUCAUCUUAAACUCGACUUUGAUAUUCGCACCUCCAAAUGCUUCGAUUCCAACAUGCAGCAACCACAGAUCCUGCCAGCAUAAAGAGCUGUAAUAUAGAGAGCUCUUAUUAAGUGUUUACUGCUCUGGGACUUCUCCUGACACAGGUCCCUCAGGCUCACAUCCCUCAGCUCCUUUGUUACCACAUGAGCGAUGACGGCAUUAGCGCGGCGCAGACAUGCAGCGCCACAGUCCUCUGAAACAUCCUAAUAAAGAUAAAAAGUACCGAACCCACUUUUAUUACCAGUGAGACUCCGCGCUGAAUGUUGUUAGAGGCCAGUAAAAAUGCAGCCGGAUCACAGGGGUUUAAGAAGUCAAGGCUCGGAGCUGGGCUGGGAUUUCCCCGCUCUGAUCUCUCUCUUAAAGCAGUUUCUUCUUCACUUGUUUGUAAAGUGGUGUAAAGUGUUCAGUAAUCCAUGGCGUCUACUGGCAGCCGCUGACUCUGUGGCAUAAAUAAUACAAACCCAUUUUCUGCAGGGCUUGUUUCGCUAAUCAGAACAAAGAUCCGUCAGCACAAGCGCCUUCACGGUGUCACAUUUGCGAGCCUCGUUUUAAUGCUGUUUUCACUUUCGGCGCGGCCCUGGCUCGAGAAUUCAAUUUCCUCUCCUUUGGCUGUCGCUCAUUUUGGCCAAUGAGGCGGUAAAACUUUCACCUAUGGACGAGUCAUCUCAGUUGACAAACUGUGCGAUGGUGUAUUGUUCAGACCGGGGUAGGUGUGACUGCUGGAGGACUCACAAUCAGGCUUCAUUGUUGUUUCCAAGCCUCCUGAUUCGAGAGCCAGCUCCUGAUGGUUUUUGGUGAAAUGUGACAAAUACGUCUUUAGAGAUGAUGGUCGUGUUUUAAAAAAGAAAGAGAGACGAGCCGCUGACCGCCGACUACAAUUACUCCUCCACAAUUCAAUGCAAUAU